AUGCCGAGCCUUCCCGUCCUGCUCCGCGGCUCUGGCUCCUGGCCCGACGCCGGCCCGCCCAAGCCGCGCGACGGGCAGCGCGCCCCCGCGCUGGCCGCGCAGCGGCGGCGGCGGCGGCCGGCGGGGCCCUGUUGCGGGGGAAAGGCCCCGCCAGCCUCCCCGUGCUCCGCCGCCGGCGCCGCCCGCGCGGGGCGCGGCGCCCCGCUCCAGCAGGUGCGCAAGGCGGAUGUCACGUUUGAAGUGGAGCCCGAGCUGCUGGAGGCGCCGCUCCCGCCGCCGCCGCGGUCGCCGAUGGCCCCCGAGGCGACGCCCGCGCCCGAGUGGGUACUCGUGCGCCCGGGCACCUCGGGCAGCUGCGCCCCAGCGCUCGCGCCCGAGGACGAGCCCUGCGCGGCGCCCGCGCCCCAGGGGUUCUCCUGGGCCGCCGCCGCCAGCCCCAGGCCACUGGGGUCUGUGCUGCUUGCCGGCCUGGGGAUGGGCCUGUCGCUGGUCCUCGAGGUCGGCGGGGCGGUCCUGGAGGCCUCCCGCGCCGCGGCGCCGCCGCCGCGCGGCGGCGGCGACGACGCAGACCGAAGCGCACCAGCGGCCCGCGGCGGCGAAGCCUUCGCGGAGGCCUCCCUCGCCAGCGGCGGCAGCGGCGCGGCUGGCGGCGGCGGCGAGGGCGAGGCGCCGUCACCCCAGGCCGCCUCCGCGGCGGCGCGCUCCGCGAGCCUGCCGGCGAGCCAGCAGCUGUCCAGCUCCCCGGGAGCCCCCGCGGCGGCGGAGGGCGGCGCCGACGUGUCGCCCGGACAGCCCCUCGGCCGCAGAAGGAGCUGGGGCGGCGCCCGGCCGGGGGCGGGGCACGACGAGCCGGCAGGCCCGCCCGGGGCCCGCUGCCCCAGCAUCGGAAUGCUGGAGCUCGCGCACCGGCGGCUGGAGGUGGAGCUCGCGCUGGUGGAGGCCGAGGUGAGCCGCCUCGGCUGCGCCUGCGGCACGGCCUUCGUCCCCGGCUCGAAGUUCUGCCGCCGGUGCGGCGAGAAGCGGCCCGACCUGCCGGAGGCGCCGGGCGCGUGCGACUGCGGCACCGCGUUCCCCGCGGGCGCCAGGUUCUGCAAGCGGUGCGGCUGCAGGCGGCCGUGGGCGCGCGCGGCGGCCGAGGAGAGCGAGGUGGCGGCCGAACUGAGGGAACGCUGCCUGCGGCUGGGCGCCGCGUUCGGCGAGCUCUCGGGCGGUGCAUUGGAGGGCGGCUGCGGCCGACAGGCGGGGGCGAUGGACUUGUUCGAGCGCGCAAACGCCGCGCUGGACCGCGUCGCCACCUGCCUCCAGCAGUGCGAGGGGGCCGAGCGCAGUCAGGAGAACUGCUAG